AUGCAUGAAUUACUGGCUGGAAAUAAUAUGAUUACUACACUUAUAGUGGUAUAUUUGUUGAUCGAAUGUGCCCAAGAAGUUCAUGGGAUAUUAGUCAACAAAUACAAUGAAACAGAAGCUAAAAUUUUAGUCAAUCUAGCAGCUGGUGCUUAUUCCACUGAUCCCGAGAAAUGUGUCAUUAACACAUUACCGAAAUGGCAGAAAUGGUUGGUAUAUAGUACGGAGAGUACGAUGUGCGAUAUAUUUCAAAAUUCUUGUUCAUCCUAUAUAAUACGAUCGGAUAUUAUUAAAGAAAUUAUAAUUGUAUUUCGAGGUACGACGACAAAAAAGCAAUUAAUUACGCAAGGAUGGCAAUCGAUGAAAUCGAUGAGAGAUUUCUUCGGUGUUGGAAUGGUUAAUCGAUAUUUCUUCGAAGCGCUUGAGCACGUUUGGCCAAAUAUAGAGCUAGUUCUCAAGGAUCCGAUAUUUAAAUCAUAUCCAGUUACUUUCACUGGUCAUUCUCUUGGAGGGGCAAUAGCAUCAUUGGCGGCAACUCGUACUGUAAUCAAAAAAUUACGAACCGGUGAUAAAAUUAAACUUAUUACUUUUGGUCAACCGCGAACUGGCGACUAUCAAUAUGCAAUGUAUCACAAUGAUCACAUUCCAUUCAGUUUUCGUCUCGUUCAUCGUUUAGAUUUAGUGCCACAUAUACUGCCAUGUAAGAAGAAUGCAAGCCAACCGGGUGCCAGAAAUCGUAAAAGUAAACCGUGUUUAACUGGAAUGAGUGGCUCACCAUAUCAUCACGGAAUUGAAAUCUGGUAUCCGUAUGGAAUGGCGAAAGAUGCGGAGUAUUACGUAUGCUUAGGUAAACCAACGAGUGAAGAUUUCAAUUGUAGCAAUAGUUUAACGUAUGAUUUCAAAGAUUACAAUAUCUAUAUCGACGAUCAUCGGCAUUAUUUCAAUAUCAAACUAGGCAGUUUUGGUAAGCGCGGAUGCAUACAACAGGUGAAUUCAUCGUCAUCAGAAACGCCAUUAUUUGCUUCUUAUAUCGAUACAAUUUCUCAAAAAUUCCAAGAAUUUAAACAGCGCAUCAGUGAUUUUUUAGACGUCUCCAAAAAAAGGCAGUGA